AUGGCUCUAAAAGAAAAACAGGAGCAUGUUUUAGAAAUUAUUGACCUAUCAGCAAAUCGGCAUACCGCAGUUUUCCUUAAAGAGAAACUCGAAGCAAUACUUAAAUUAAAUUCAGUUCUCAUUAAAUCUGUUAUUGCAUGUGUGACUGAUAAUCCUGCGGUUAUGGUUAAAAUGAGAAAUGAUCUCAAUGCAACGAAUACUGAAAAUCUUAACAUUGAUCUUUUGUUUGAAGACGAAACAUUUGAGGAACCUUUAGAAUUUGAUAUUGAAGCGGUAAGUGUUGCUAUAGACGAUGAGGAGCUAGCAAUGGAAGAGUUCUUUGAUGUUAGUACUUUCAAACAAGAUCAAGAAAUCAUCGACGAAGAUUCAAAUUCAAUGACUCAUAUUUAA